GCUCGUGCAUUAUCCAUCCAGUUCGUGAGGGGCAGCGGACCCACCGAAAGCGAGAUUUUCCGGGAGGAAAGCGCAUAGAGAGUAAAGACAGCAGGAGGGCAUGGACUCGGCUCGCUGGCUCGCUUGCUCGAGCAGAGACCGUGGCCGAUCUGAGGAGAUUGGUGGCGCGGAUCGUCUCGUUCGGUGGGUAAGGAUAGUGCGAUUCGGAGGCGCAGAGGUGUGGCUGCCGAUGGAAUUGCAGCAUUGUCCGCUCGCCCCCCUUCGUCUCCGGAAGAGGCCGCUGGAAGAGGGCGGAGAGUGAGGAGGGAGGGUGGUGUUAGUGCAGCGGGAGAUGGAGUGGCGAACUGGUGGAGUGCUCGCCCUGUCGGGAGCGGAGCAGGAGCGAUGGUGGGCUGUCGCUGACAACAUGGGCAUCGCUGCAAAACCUCCCCCUCCUCCUCCUCCUCACAGGAUGCUUCUGCCGGGGCAGUGCCCUGCGGUGUGCGUCGAUCGAGGUCGUCUGAGGAUUAUGAAUCCUGCUGUUCUGUCGUCGUUCCCGAUUCUGUCGAGCACCUGCGAUCAUUCUCGUGCUUCCUCUGUGGCUUCGAUUUUCUGCGCGUGCCCUGUUGCCGGCUCCAGCGACCAAGUUGGUCCGCGCACAUCCGUCAGUGCCAAAAAUGGCUUCAAGAAGCUCAGCUGCAAAAUUCUAGACCACCGCGCCGCUUCACAGGGAGGCCGAGGCGACAUUCUUGAGAGUUCCGUUUCCGCAGAGCCGAGUCGUAAAGGGACUGUUCCGAUAGUCGAACGUGGACCUUCCAAGAGGGAUGGACUACGGCGCUCCAAAGACCUUUUCGAGUCAUUCAAAUCCGACAUGGAAUUGGCUGUCCCGAGAAACGCCUCUCCUGCGGAGCUGGAGGAACUUUUGAUCCGGGUGGAGUCCGCGAGUUCUGCAUUGGAUGUGGACCUCAUCCUUUCUAGGUCCGGAGUGAAUUUCUUUCCGGUGAAAAAUCUGAACACGCUUUUAGCGGGAAUUCGGAUCGAAGACAGAAUUAUAGAUCUCUUCUCUUGGAUGAGGCGGAAUGGCAAGACGAGGAACAAUCCCUACGCAUACAGAAUUGUUUUGAAGGUGAUGCUGAAGAGGCAGGCAUGGGACAGGGUUGUGGAGAUUCUCGAGGAGGUAGGCUCGACUUUAGAUAAUCACACUUGGAACAGCAUCGUAGAUGCCGCAGUGAACGCAGGUGCGCCGGAGUUUGCCGUCAAGCUCAUCACUACUUUGAUCCCCAGGAAUUUCAGGCCACAACAGUCCACGUUUGUGAAUCUCCUACGUCUUCUUCAGAAAACCAGGAAGGUGACUGAAGCUGAGGCUGUCUUCCACAUGUUUGAGGGCAAUGACUUACGCUGCUGCGGUGCCUACACUGCCAUGAUUUCCUUGUACACUCGUGCCGGUCUUUAUCACAAAGCUGAGAAAGCCAUUCAGGAGAUGGAGCUCCGCGACAUUACUCCGGACAAGGAUAACUGGCUCAUGCAAAUUAAUGCUUACGGUCAGCAGGGUAAAGUUCGGGAGUCAGAGAAAAAGUUUCAGACAAUGCAGGAAGCUCAAGUCAGGCCUGACUUGCUGGCUUAUAACUCAAUGAUCUUGGCGUAUGGCAGAGCGCAUCUCUUCGACCGUGCUUGCGCCACUUUUAAGAAAAUGGUGGAAGUCGGUGUGACCCCCGACGAGUCUUCGUACAGGUCCAUGAUCGGAGCAUGCGGCAGAGCAGGGAAGUUGAAAGACGCCUUGAGUCUCUUCUCCGAAAUGAAGGCCCUGAAUUAUCGUCCCUCGCUUCAGAAUUUCAACACCUUGAUCAAUUUAUACGGCAAGGUGCGCAAUGGUGGAGGGAUUGUCAGGGUUCUUCAGGAAAUGAAGGAGAUCGGAUGUAAGCCAGACUCCCAGACUUUGGAUGCCGCUCUGAGGGCAAUGGAGAGGGCUGGCAAAUUGAAGAACUUGGGCAAGUUGAUGGCUUCCUUGAAAGAGGCUGGUUGGUCUGUCGAUGUCCCAAGUUAUGCACCGUUGCUCAACGCAUAUCUGAAGUGCAACAUGAAUGAAGCAGCUCUUGAAACAUUCCAUACCAUGCGCAAAGCAGCGUUGAUCCCCAAAGAGAGUGUCUGUCUGGCCCUGAUAUGCCAAUGUAAAGAUGCAGGAAAACUCGAUGACGCAAUCUAUUUGUUCUCUGAACUUCAGGCUGCUGGUAUGUCACCGGGCCUGGAGACAACUUGCACGAUGAUCAAUAUAUAUGGUAUGCUCGGGAAUGUGGAGGAGGCAGAAAGACUGUUUGACAAGCUCAAACGAUCUGGAGUCCAACUAGACAUGGUGGCCUAUAAUGUCCUCCUGAGUGUAUACAUGAAGGCAGGUUUGCAUGAGGAGGCGAAGAAGGUGUAUCAGAUUAUUGAGCAGCACCCGGACCUGACUGCCGAUGCUUACACCUUCCAGUCCAUGCUGCGGGUACUGCAGAAAGCCGAGCUUGAGCAGGAAGGUGUUGAACUGUACUGGAAGAUUCUGGAUUUGGGCCUCGAGCUCGAUGAGGGCCUCCUUACCUGCAUUAUCAACUGCUGUGGACGUGCCCUGCCCUUGGAGGAAACCAGUGUUCUUUUUCAGGCAUUGCUGGAUCGUGGAUGUACCCCGAAUGCGACAACUUUCAAUCUCAUGAUUGACCUCUAUGGAAAAGCAGGCAUGAUGGACAGAACUCGCUACAUAUUCGAGUUGGCUCAGCAGUAUGGCAUGGUGGAUAAGAUCUCUUAUAGCACGCUUAUAGAUGCUUACGGAAAAUGUCGAGACUUUCCAAAUAUGGAACGUACUCUGUGGGACAUGCAGAGAAAUGGAUUCGCAGGUACCUUGGAGGCUUACAACGCUAUGAUCGAUGCCUAUGGGAAGGCUGGAAUGUUCACGAAGAUGGAAGACGUACUAGAACGGAUGAGACGGGCUGGCUGCUGUGGUGACAUAUCAACCUACAAUAUUUUGAUCAACAUUCUAGGGAAGAAGGGUUUGUUGCAAGAAGUACAAAAAGUAUUGGUCGAAAUGGAAGAAAAAGGCUGGAAGCCUGAUCGGUGGACGUACAACACUCUGAUCCGCGCUUAUGGUCUUGCUGAGAUGCCGGAUGAAGUCAUAAAAAUUUUCAAGGAAAUGCAGGAGGCGGGGCUCAUGCCGGAUCGUGUGACUUAUGUUAAUCUUGUAGCCGCUUUUGAAAAGUCAGGAAAUCUCCUCGAAGCUGCCAGAUGGUCGCUAUGGAUGUCUCAGGCAGGGUACCAAAGCUAGGCCGAGUUGUGGCGUAGAUGCUACAAAUGAUCCAGCAAAUGCAUCGCUUCUUUGACGAUUCGGAGCGAGAUAGGAUGAACCCGGGAUCGCGCGGUAGCCUCCGAGUUUUUUCAUGCCAGGAAAACGAGAGGGGAAUCCUUCUCCCCUGCUGAUAACAACGUCCACGUCUCUUGUGCGGUGGUUCAAAAGUCAGGCGUGUGUAGAUAGCAGCGCAGAAAAGUUAUGUUGUGGCAUUCCGGGUUUGAGAGCCGAUCGUUGCUACUACAGCAAGUUUCUCAGGCAGGCGAAGUCACCCGUUCAGGCGUAUUGGAAGAAGAGCAAAGCGGACGAUCUCUUGAAUGCAUUUCUGGAGGUCCUUGGUGAGGGUUUGGCAGCCCCUUUCACGACAUGUGAGCACUAAAGUUCUACGAUGGAUAGUCUGGAAGUAUUUCUUUCGUCUCUACGAUGAUAAAGAGAUAGUUCUACUGGCGUCAUGAGGUUCCUGAAGGAGUAUAGUUCCCAGCUCCUAUGCAUUUCACCUUCAGAUUUAGGGAUUUGCUCGUUUUCAUGGCUGAGAGAUUCUGAGAGUCGAAUAGCUGCUGGCGGAUCUGGGAGGAUCCUUGCAUUGUCCAGGGAGCAGCGGCUUCUGGGAGGUGGGAUAUUUGUUAUCUUUGGAGAUCGUAUACCAGAAGCGACAUGAGCUGAAAGUUAGUACAGGCACGUGUCGAAAAUGAGCGAGACAGUCGCCGUGCUUGUUCCCAUCUUUAUACAAGGAGUUCGUAGCAAUUGACACUUUUAUAAGUGCUUGGGAAUAAGCAGCCCCUGAAAGCUACCACAAUCCUUCACAGUCGAUCUUUACGUGAGUAGUGCAGACAUUGUGGACAUGAAUCUGUGGAAAGUUUAAAGAGGACAUCGAAAGAGGGAGAAGAGGAGACGAACCAUAUCGCAUCAAGUGUGAAACCUACAGGCUCAGAGGACACUCGCUCCAAUCCGACGAAAUUUGGAACCCUGCUGAGAAGGCGAAUCUUGCAGUAUGGAUCAUACGAGUGCUCUCAAGAAGCGCAUGUAGGAAUCAUCUAAAGCAAGUUCAGUCCAGAGGAUAUUGCUUCGGCAUUGACCGUCGAUUUCAAUGCAAGAACAAUGGUUUCACUGCAGCAACAGAUCAUUGUGUGUGGGUUGUUAUGUCUGGGCCAUCUCAUCCAUUAAACCUUCACGAUAGUAAUCAUAAUUGAGAAUUAUAUCUUCUGAUUUGCAACUCAGUGCUGUGAAGGUGGCAGUGGAAACCUCACUGUUGAAGUUUGUGUUGAUAAAAUAUGAAGAACAGUUAGUGUGCUACUAGUCAUUAUAUGUGAGUGUAUUUCUGAAGAAAGCGAAGAAAAAGUAGAAUAGCAUUGGAUUUGCAGACUUAAUGGGAGAGUAGUCCAGCAUUAGACUGUUUGGGAAGGGAAGAAACUGUGUCUCCAGCACAAGAAGUACUGCGUUGUAAAGGCUAUACGAUUGGAUAAACAAGUCAAACCUUGAACGUGGCGUUCAAAAUUCCGUAGCUCUUUAUAUGUGCCUUCGCCUUUCUUCAACGGUGCUCUGUACCCCAGACCCUAGCAGAGGCGGUGUAUGAUCAAGGAUACAUGAUAUUGGCGAAGUUGUGACUUCAUCUUGCAACUCAGUAGGAGGAGAAUCAAGAUCGUGCAAUAUGUAAUUGAUGGAGGUCAACGUAUAUUCCUACACGGACGUAAACACAUGUACUAGCAUGUCGAUGCAACCCAAAUUGACGAGUUUGAGUAUAUGAACUGUCUGCUCUUUGCAAAGGAGAGGACUCAGAAAGAAAGAGACUGAGCGUAGGACUGAGUAAUUGCUAUGCUGGACCCAGAGCCUUCCACGUUGCGGACACAGUCAUCAAUGAACUUUAGUUCUGAAGUUUAGUUGUGUGUACAUCCCGUGUUGCCAUUCUACACUCCGCAUACCACAUAUGGAGGUGUUUGUCG